CCGUCGGGGUAAUCGAACUCACAAAUUCCGGCCGUGUUGACUCUACAUUUUUCUAUCUCUAUGCUUCCCCUACCCAAAGGGGCGUGGCGGCAGCGUUUCCUUUCUGGGCGGACACCGGAAGUACUGGUCUCUGUUGGAAACGAGGCCUGGGGACGUUGCUGAAGCCAGGUAGGAAGAGAAGGUGAACUUCUGCGCGUUCUCAAGCCUUCUUCUUCCGGUGUGGCUGCAUCUUGAGCUGGCAUUGGCGUUAAUCUAGGAAUCGAUUAAAGAUGCUAGCAACCCGCACCUGACCAUCCGCUCGCCGUCCCCGCGUGUUCUCCAUUCUGUGGCCUGGUUUGCUCCUCCUUUAAAGAGCAAAAAUGGGCCGUAGAAAGUCAAAGCGGAAGCCUCCACCCAAGAAGAAGAUGACUGGGACACUUGAGACCCAAUUUACCUGCCCCUUCUGUAACCAUGAAAAAUCAUGUGAUGUUAAAAUGGACAGGGCUCGGAAUACCGGUGUGAUAUCCUGUACCGUGUGUCUAGAAGAAUUUCAGACUCCUAUAACAUACCUUUCAGAACCAGUGGAUGUUUAUAGCGAUUGGAUAGAUGCUUGUGAGGCAGCCAAUCAAUGACAGCAACUGGAAAGGAAUUUGCCAGGAGUUAAACAAUGUGUCUGAAUUUGAAAACGGUGGGGGGCAUGUGUUACAUAAUGCACUGGAAGUUCUAACAAGUGGCUGGGAAAUGUGACUCUUGUGCUAUUUGUUUCCAGUAAUCCUGUCCUUUCCCAUGAAUAUUAUAGAAUUGUACCCCUGGAGUUUAGGGACUAAAGUCUAUCAGUAGGAUCUGCAGUACAGGUCAACUGUUAUAUGAACAUUCUGAUCUUUAAAAAUCUUACUAUAUAAGACUGCCUUGGGUGCUCUCUGUCAAGUGCUGCUGCUUAAUCUCUGUUCAUUUCAGUUGGGCUUGUGUGGAAGGAGUGUCCAUGCAGACUUCUUUGAACUGAAUUCAGAGGUAGCCCUUAAGUUUAAUUCUGAGGGGAAGCCUGCAGACAUCACUGAGCAAUUGUGCCAUCAUCUGACUAAUAGGUGCUGGUGUAAUGUACAUAGGUGAUAUUGGAACAGUAUAUUGUAAAAUAUCCCUCCUGUGUGUGUGUUUUGCUUUUUUAUCCUCUCUGUGGUGAGCAUGAACUGUGCUUGCCAGAAAUAGAUCACUUAAUUGCCAGUUUGGCUUCCCUCUUCUUAUUUGUCUUAGUUCCUAAUAGAGCGCUCACAAAUACAUUGGUCACAGCAACUGCCACAUUAGAUUGACUUUGAAGUGAGUGGGGAUGGGGGCAGAGGUUUAAUUUUGAAUCUGGCAAUCAAGGAAGGGGAAUGCUUUGGCCCUUUCUCAGCUUUCCUAACUCACUGUCAUGUGGCACUGACUCAGGAGGCCUUUGUUGGCCUUCCUGGAUGGGAAAAGCAGCCUCAUGCUGUACAUUCCCUGACAGCCAUUGCUGCCUUAUCAAGUCCCUUGUCUUUGAGAUCUAAGCUAGAAUUAAUUCUAUGUUCAACUGCCUGUCCUCCUGUAUGUAAAUAAUAUCUGAGAAAGCAGAAACUCACUCAUUUUUAAUGUAUUUGAGUAGCCUCUGCCAGUGACUUUGAGUGAUUAACACCCAUUUUAAAUAAACUCCAUAAUGGAAAA